GCUGUAUGUUACCAUUAAUCUCUGUAACGUUCUCACUCCAAACAAAUGCUUUAAUUUCUUCGUUUUUGAAAUCAAACAUCCACAAAAAAUGGCCUGGUGUUCUAAGGAUUUAUUUCCAACAAAACUGAGUUUUGUUUAUUUCAUUUCGUACAUGGGACUUUUUAUUAAUCAAGGGAUCUUGGUUACUCUGUCGAAAAAUGGAAGCAAAACCUACAGCUACAAUACAGUGACCGUUGUGCUGCUGACUGAAUGCCUGAAACUUGUGAUCGCAGUUGCCGUUUACCUGAAAGAGAAGCCUGUGUCUGCAUUUAUUGAAGAAUUUAAGGCAAACAAAAGCACUUUGCUCUACUACUUUGUACCAGCCGGUCUCUACUGCCUGUAUAACAACCUGCAGUUUGAGAACCUUGCGAACUACGACCCAACCACAUACUAUCUCUUACUGCAGCUCCGGGUUGUCGUUACCGGGGUCGUGUUCCAGAUCGUCUUCAGCAAACAGCUCAGUCGCAUACAAUGGGUGUCCCUUAUCUUUCUCACCUUUGGCUGCGUGGUGAAGGAGUAUGGGAGAACUAUGGUAUCCACGGCAACCACCAACACCAGUGCCAAGCCAGCUGAGGAAUUGGUCACCAAAUCUUUCUUUGAUUUCCAUCUGUUUCUGAUUAUGGUGCAGGUCUUUUGCUCCUGCUUCGCUGGUGUAUACAACGAGUAUCUCCUAAAAGGCCGAGGCGCGGACAUCCACAUUAUGAUGCAGAACGUGUUCAUGUACGUCGACUCCAUCGUCUGCAACGUCAUCAUUCUUGGCUUCCAGGGACAUCUUUCCGACGCGUUUACUUCUUCUAGUCUUUCAUCCAUAUUUCAAGUGAACGUUAUAUGCAUUAUCGUAAACAAUGCAGCCAUAGGAAUUGUAGUAAGCCUGUUCUUGCGCUCGCUGAAUUCAAUUUUGAAGACCUUUGCGAGUGCCUUAGAACUGAUGUUCACUGCAGUCCUAUGUUGGAUGAUUUUUGGCAUACCGAUUGAUGUGUACACCAUUAUAGCCAUCCUUAUUGUUUCUGCGGCCACUUUCUUGUAUGCCCAGCACCCUGUUGUAAAUCAAACCAAGAAUGAGGUAGGUCAUGCUCACCAAGACGGGGAAAAGAGUGAUGGCAAAGUAAAACCUGUCCAGUCUGUCUGAUAUCUGAGAAGUUUCAUUGAUAAGCAUUACAUAUUUUUGCUAGACUAAGCCUUUUGCUAGGGAUUAAGCAAAACUAAUAAAUGUCAGCGGGGGGGGGGGAGAGGGGCUGAAUAAGGAAAGGAGGGGUGGUGAUGGACAAUCAAUUGAUGAUAAACUUUGAACAUUGUAUGUGACUUCAUGCACUGUUUCCAUCAAAGCACUUAUACUAAGUCAUCCACUCAGUACAUAUUCUAUGACGUAUAUUCUUUAUUGAGAAUUAUGGCAUGCUAAUAUCAAGUUUACUUUGUUAAUCUAUGAAAUCGGCAAAAGCCAAUAAAACAAGUUGGCUGUGUAAGUAUAUCAUUGACAUAUGUAAAAGGCCACAGAAGUGUGAGACAUGAACAUUGAACAGGUGCUACACAUUUAAUAAGGUGGGGCAUAAACAUGGAAGGGGGUCCCUCCUGCCAUUCUGCUUUAGCUUAGUCACUACAAUUUCAUUGAAAAUAGCCUCGUUUUGCCUUUCAACAUUAAACCUGAUGAUUAAUUUGCUAGUAAUGUGUAUUCCUAUAGUAUUACUUUGUUAGCAGUUCCGUAACACAUUUGAAAUGGUAAUGUUUGCAGGUAAACAUUUAUUUUUGAACAUUAAUGCAUGUGUUAAAGUUUCAUUUGUAUAUCUAUUUAGUAUAUUAAGGUAUACAACGGGUCAGUCAGUCACGAUCUGGAUCCUAUGAUAACUACUUUAGCUUGGUAAAUAAAACUUUGAUAUGUAAUCUAUAUAGAGGGUAGUAUAGGGAAUAAUUAUGCAUCUUAUAAUAUGCAUGUUAAUUCUUUUUUGUGGGCACAUAAUCUGAUUACUACGGUUACUGAAAUAAUUGAAAACUUUUUAAAAACUUGAUACUUCAAUACCAAAAAGAGUACUUAUGCGGUGGAUAGAGGGCACUAUGGGGGAAUAUGCAAAUUUUUGAAUGUUUUUUUCCUCAGGCAAAAAUUUUGGUGGCUAUGGUUGAUUGGAUGGAGGGUCACAUAGAUCACAUGCUUUAGAAACAAUUUCAUAUUUAUUAUCAGUUUUUCCCUAAGAUCUAUAGCACAACAUUUUUAUUUUGAAUACUAUAAUUGUGUGUGUUUAUGUUUUACGUUUUGAUAUGAAAGCAACUGUUAUAUGAUUUUUUUUAAAUGCCAUGUUCAGUAGUAGUUUAGUGUUAAGAUUUUUUUAUAACGUUGUGUUUUGCACACUUUUUAUUUUUUUAUUUAUAUACUAUUUUUAAAUAACUGUAGAACAAAACUGUUUUAUAUCAUCUGAUGAAAUAGUGACAGUUGUAAAAUUGUUGUGUGUUCUUUUGUUUAGUUGUAUACCAGUAAAUGUCCAAAUCCAAAUGUGUUAUACAAUACACUGAUUGUACUUUUUUUAAAAUCACAUAUUUUUUCUACAGUAUUAACUGUCUUUUUUUCUUUGCUUUAAGGCAGUUCCACAAUACAAUCAUGAAGUCCAGGGGAUGGGGGGGGGGGGGGGAAACUCCCGGUAUAUGUUUUGCUGUAUUAAGUUUAAACCUAUUUAUUUUAGCUGGAUUAAUGCAUAGAAAACCUCAGACUUAUUUGAAACGCUCUUGAGUCUGUUUCCUGGCACAAAAACCAGUACUUGGCGUCUAUUGUGGAAAUCUAAAGAAAGCUCCCACAUGGCGAUCAAACCUGUCACAUCCUGAUCGCUAGACGGACACGAUAUCUGUUUUGCAGUAUUUAAAAUUUACAAAUAAGAUUAUAGGAAAACAACCUACAUGUACAUAUUCUUGGGCUUCUUGCAAUGAGGGAAAAUAAAGGAAAAUACAUUAGUUUUACCCCAUCUAUUUGAUUGUAUAUUUGUUAAUUUUACCCUUUAAUCCUCAAUCUUGUAAGUGUUCCCGUUUUGGACAUCACUCUGAUAUUUAAAACCAUAUAAUGGAUAAGAUUUUAAUACAUUUUAAAACAAUCUUUAAAUUAAAGACUUAUUUCAAUUUUUGUUGACAGUCUUAAAUAAACAGACAGCAGCUUUGUCGUUAAGAAUGUGUUUUUGCUAGCAGUCAUUAUGGUCUCAAGCUUGAUAUUCAUUUUUUCACCAACAAUAUCAUAGACUAACAUCUACAACUGCUUUAGUUUAAUCUAAUUAAAUUUUCUGCUGUUUUUUUUUCCUCAUGAGUUUGUGUGUUUUAUUAUGUAUGUGUAUGUUAUUUGUUUUUUCUCAUGCUUGAUACUCAUUUUUUCCCCAACAAAAAGACUUACAUCUACAACUACUUUAGUUUCAUUUAAUUUAAUUUUUUGUAGUUUUUUUGCUCAUGAGUUUGUAUGUUUUAUUAUGUUUGUGUAUGUUAUUUAUAUUGUUUGUUCACUGAAAUGAGUGUCACUUCAGUAUUUUACCAAAAAAGCAUAUUUUUAGAUGUACAAAGAACUUAUUCUUGUUGCUGUCUUUUUAUGCUCUCCCAAACAUUUUGGAGGGGAGCAUAUAGUCGCCGCUUCGUCUGUCCGUGCGUGUGCCUGUCCGUCUGUGCACAAUUUUUGUCAGGGCUAUUUCUCAGCCACUAAUGACCGGAACUCAAUGAAACUUUAUGGGAAGCUUCACUACCAAGAGGUGAUGUGCAAAAUAUCAGUCUGUUCUGGUCGGAUUAUUUUUCACAGAGUUAAGGCCCUUUGAAAUUUUCCAUUAAAUGUACAUAUAGUGCAAUUCUUGUCCGGGCUAUUUCUCAGCAACUAAUGACCGGAAUUCAAUGAAACUUUAUGGGAAGCUUCACUAUAAAGAGGAGAUGUUCAUAUUAUCAGCCGGUUCUGGUCGGAUGAUUUUUCACAGAGUUAUGGCCCUUUGAAAUUUUCCAUUAAUUGAAUUCUUGUCCCCAAAACUACUGUGCAAUAUUGUGACAAAAAAACCUUUGGGGAGCAUCACCCGUCUCCGAUGGUUUCUUGUUAUUAUUUGUACAUGUACUGUCAAAUAUUGCUCGUAAAAAAAAAAGUACAUUAUUUCACCAUGGGAAGAGUUGUUCUUACCAUUUGUUCACAUUACUCUUCAAGCCAGGCUAUAUUUAAUGUAUUGUACCCUGAAAGAUGUACAUUUAUUACAUGUUGAUGUUAUUUCAACAAACAAAUAUCUGCUGUACAAGUUUUUCAAAAACUAAUCUAGUCAUAGUUGACAACUUAGUUUAUUGUUCAAAUCAAGCACCUAUGCCAUGGUGAUUGAGUUUAAAACUCAGUUUUGUAACAUUUAACGAUUAUCAGCGAAUAGGCGAAUCUUACCGGGUAUAAAUUCUAUUUGCUGUUUCAGACACAGGGUAAAUAUUGCCCUAAACGGAGCAUGCAUUUGUAUCUACCAUUAAAUGAUAUAAUAUAAGUGUACAGGGGUGGAUAUACAUGUAUGGGAUUUUCAUUUAGGACAAUGAUGAGAGAUAAAAUAGUACAUGAAUAGUUUAACAAGUUUGUUACCUUUUACUUGUGACUCAUCUUUACCAAAUAACACUACAUUGUAGAAAGUAAAUUAGGACAUGUGGAUUGUCUUGUUCAAGUUAAAAGGUUUGACCAUUAUGUUCAUUAAAUUAACAAGUGUUCAUAUAUUGAGACAUUUUAUCGAGGACACAUUGCUUUGACAGUUUAUCUUGGGAUGCAUAAACAUUACACAUUUCUAUUAACCUAUUUUAUUUCGUCUUAAUAGUUUUGUUGGUAAAUCCAUGUUGAAUCUAUCUAUGUGUGUCCGCAUAGGUUGCCAAUCUCCAGUCUUUUCAGCUUUUGUAUGUCACUCGACUGUACUGUCUGUGUAUCAUAUUUUUCACUAUUAAAGUUUACUUUUGUGAUAACACUGAGUGUAUAAAAGUAUUUGUCUUGCACAAUCAUUUUUCUCGAAAAAUAUUCAGACAUGUUAUUAAGUAAAUAAUAGCAUAUGCAUUUCUGUUGUCAUGUUAUAAUAUUCGGUCUGAUAAUCCAGUAUUGUUGAUUAACGUUGUCACAUGUCAUGUAUGUGUGUUGCUAUCCAGUACACGUAUGAUAUAUUUUGUAUGCAAAUUUUGCUUCUGCCAAUUACAUUAUUUUUUUUCUCAUUAUUGAUUCAUUGUUUUACUUCUUCCUUGUUACCGAUUGACAAACUGUACUGUGGUGUCAUGAGCAUGCCUUUGUUUUCAAUAUCAUUUGUGCAUUUCCUUUUUACACUUUGUAUUUAGAAAUAAAACGAAAUUAAACUGCAUUAUACAUGGAA